AUGAAGGAUAGUGACAAUUUUCAUUUGGAGACUCUUGAAAAUAACGAACAAGGGGAUCUGUCUCCCUGCCAUCGCGAAUUUCUUCUCUCUCGCCAUGGCAAGGUGAACCUUGUGCCUUUACCCUCAGAAUUCCCAGCGGAUCCGCUGAAUUGGCCAUCAUGGAGAAAGAAUGUGAACAUUGCUCUAGUUUCAUUCCAUGCUAUGAUGUGUCUUUUCAUGGGUGCAGUCAGUAAGCCACGAAUCGUCCUCGAAGAGCUUGGUCUAAUUCGAAAGAACAGUUGCGCCACUAUUUUGGCGACCUAUCUCAAUGCGGUUUGGAUUGCGACCUAUUUGGUUGCUCAGUACUUUCUGCUCCGCCGUUUGCAAUAUCGGAUGCGCUCUCAGCACAACCUAUGGGGCAAUGUCAAUCUCAAGAAUCCUUGUUGCAUUUUUCAUUUCCCCAGCAAUGGCCUUGGGCACGGUUGUUGUGACUCAAAUGUUGAUGGUGACGCUUGGUCCCCCACUCGGCCCCUUUUUGAUGGGAUUUGUUGCAUAUCAUGCCGGCUGGCGCUGGAUAUUUUGGAUAUUUGCUAUUGUAAGAUGGCCCCUGCCACAAUUUUGAGUGAUGAAGGCCACUUCAAACUUCCCUGGUCAGAACCCCUCAAAUAUUGCAAUCCCGAGACAUAUUUCACGCCUGAAGAUGCUAGAAAGGGUAAUAUCUCCACAAGUCGGGCCAGGUUGUUUCAUUUCGGCCGAGUCUCGAAAACACCUUUAAAGCUCAUAGAUUUUUUGACGCCUCUGACAUCGGCAAGACAUCACAUCAUAUGGAUUAUCACGGCGGCAUAUACAAUCAUAUUUAACUUCGCCUUUGUUCUCCUCACCGUUGAGAUUCCUCAAAUAUUCGGGGAGAAAUUUCACUUCAACACUCAACAAAUUGGACUACAAUUUCUUGGCAUGAUCAUUGGAGGUGUUCUGGGAGAACAAGCCGCAGGUCCUUUGAGUGACUUCAUCAUGAACUCGUAUGCGCGGAGACAUCAUGAGCAGAGAUUAGUACCUGAGUUUCGCCUUUGGCUUUCUUACCUUGGAUAUGCCACAGUCACAGCAGGCUUCCUUAUCUGGGGGUUCCGUACAGCGGAUAUACCCGCGGCGUCUUAUGAGAUCUCACCGAUCGUCGGCAUUGGAAUAUCGUCUUUCGGUGCUCAGAUUAUCACCACCAGUGUCAUCACUUAUAUGGUGGACUGCUAUCCCGGUGAAUCUGCGGAAAUUGGAGUUUUCGCCAACGCUGUGCGUCAAAUUUGGGGGUUUAUCGGUCCAUUCUGGUUCCCAAGCAUGUUUGAAACUGCAGGAAUCAAGGGAUCGGCUGGAAUUAUGGUCGGAGUUAGCUUGGUUGCUAGCUUCCUACCGGUCAUGUGUGUGCAAAUGUUCGGGGCUAGAUUGAGAGGCACUGAACAUGGGCACUCUGAAUCGAUGCCUGAUUCAGUAAGAGACUAG